GCUAGGAGUUAUAAUCCCGUGUAGCACCUAGUGGGGAAGCUAAUCGCCCGAUGAGCGUUGUAAUCCUCAUACCCAGAGCAUGUCGACCAUUCCCCUCAUUAUUGAUGGACAAGAUGUCGUGUUGCCUUUUCACGAAAGGCAGGGCACCAUCAUCAAUGCGUAUGGCCAGGACUCCGUCCGUUACCAAGGCGCGACCAAGGAAUUGGCCUUGCGAGCCGCGCGUUCUAGCGCACGGGCGUUUGUCGCAUGGUCCAACAUCACCCCGGUAGAGCGCCGGUCCCUGCUCUUUAAAUUGGCCGAGGCUCUGCGCAAUCGAGCCGAGGAGAUCAAGCGCGUGUGCGAUAAAGAGAUUCAUUGUGGGCCCCUAUGGGCAGAAAUUAUCACCAACGACGCUGUCGGUCUGAUUGAGGAGUAUGGGGCUCUCACCACUAGUGUCGCCACGGGUUCAGUACCGUUUAUCCAGAAUGGCCAUGGUUUAGUUCUCAAAGAACCACUCGGAGUAGUUCUUGGAAUUGCCCCCUGGAACGCCCCCAUAAUCUUGGGCCUCCGUGCUGUGGUGGCGCCUAUAGCUGCAGGCAAUGUCGCGAUCCUUAAGGGCUCCGAAUUGAGCCCCCGAACCCACUAUCUCCUCGCAUCGCUAUUCCGGGAAGCUGGCUUCCCCCCCGGCGUGCUGAAUUUUCUUCUACAUCGACCGGAGGACGCGCCGGAGAUCUUUGACACGCUCAUUAACCACCCCGCCACUAAAAAAUGCAACUUUACCGGGUCGACUCAGGUUGGGCGUAUUAUUGCCUCGCAAGCCGCUCUGGCCCUGAAGCCCGUGUUGUUGGAACUCGGUGGCAAGAACUUCACUGUCGUACUCGACGAUGCGGAUUUGGAUCUUGCAGCCCAAGAGAUAACCAAAGGGGCCUUUCUCAAUAACGGUCAGAUCUGCAUGUCGACGGACAUAGUCCUUGUCACAACUGCUGUGGCCCCAGCUCUGGAGGCCAAGAUUCUGGCUAUCCUGCGUGGUAUCAAUACCAUCUCGGUGCUCAUCUCUCCAGCAGCUAGAGCCAAGGUAGAGAGGCUCAUAUCCGACGCGCGCGACAAGGGGGCUCGAAUUUAUACAUCUCCCACCACGGUUAAAAACGUCGUCUCGGAUCAGGGCUUUUCUCCCACUGUGGUGACGGGGUUAACGCCUGACAUGAAGCUGUACGAAGUGGAGUCCUUCGGUCCGGUCGUUGGCGUCAUGGCGGUCGAGACAGAGGACCAUAUUAUGACCAUUGUCAAGGCGUCCAAAUAUGGACUGUCAAGCUCGAUCAUUUCCCGGAAUCAUUAUCGCGCUCUCGAACUUGCUGGCUCCAUCAAGGCGGGUGCAGUCCAUAUUAAUGCUAUGACCGUGCACGACGAGCCCACCCUUCCUCAUGGAGGAUAUGGGAACAGUGGGUGGGGCCGGUUCGGUGCUCGUUGGGGGUUGGAGGAGUUUGUCCAGACUAAAGUCGUCACUCUGCAUCCGUAGGGCCGAAUAUGGACUUGCUUUGCUAUCGAUAAGAGGCACCUGGACUGUGUUAUCCGAAUGCUAGGGUUCCCGUGGC